AUGUCUUUGAUCGGGGAUAAUAUGAGUAAAAAUGGAAAAAAACUUCGAAAAGAAGUUGUUAUAAUUGGGAAUGGUCCAUCUGCAAUAACUUUAUCCUAUAUUCUAUCUGGGAAUUGGCCCUAUUGGAAUGGAUGCCCGGUAUCAAAUGAAUAUUUAAAUAUAAAAUUAGAACAAUUUGUUAAAGAUAACUCAAUAUUAGAACAGGAUUUGGAAAUGUUGUCGGAUGGUUUAGAAGGGCGUACACGUAAUCCAAUAGCAUUAUUAUUUGAUUCUUUACUUCAUCCGGAUGCCGAUUUGGGCGUUAAUUCACAAUCAAAAUUAUUCUGGAAACAUGUUCCAAAUCAAAUUAUUGACCAUGUGUGUAUUGGACGUGAAACACCCGGUGGUGUGUGGAAUAAACUUACAUCCCAACAUUUAUCAACAGUAUCCCUUGCGAAUUGGAUGGAAUUACCUAAUUAUCCAUUUUCAACAUUUCGACAACAAAUUAAUCAACAUGAAAAUAGUGAUAAUCCACAUCACAAUCAGAAAGAUUCGAAACGUGCCAGUUACGAUGAAGUUCGUCAGUAUUAUAAAGACUAUGUAAAACGUCAACAGUUACAAAAAAAUUUUCUCAAUAAUCGCGAAGUAACAUCAAUACAACGUGUUUGUGGUGAACCUGCCUAUUAUGAUGAAGUGAAAGAUGAAAUACGUCCAACGGAACUAUUGUGGGAAAUUAGAGGCCACAAAACAGAUACACAAAAACCAUUUUGUAUAUAUGCAAAAUAUGUUGUAUUAGCAACAGGCACAACUCAAGAGCUAACACGUCCACUGGAUAUAAUCGACAAAGACCAAUCACAUUCAUUUAUCAAGUCAACAUUAACUGAUAUUGAAUGUUUAAUUAAAGAGAAAAAGUUAACACCAGACAGUAAACCAUUGUUGGUCAUUGGAUGUGGUCUAUCAGCUCUUGAUGUAGUUUUAUUAUGUGAAAAAUAUUCAAUACCGGUUAUACAUGUAUUCCGAAAGUCCAUCGAUGAUCCAGAUUUGGUAUGUAACAAAUUAUCAUCAAACACGUAUGCAGAUUACGAAAAAUUAUUUGAAAAAAUGAAACAUGCUGUUAAACAACAACAAUUAAUAAAUACACAAACGCCUGUUCUCAACAUACAUGAGAAUACCAAUGUUUCUUCAUUAGAUAAAGUCCCAACAUUGUAUCAAUGUUUACCUCACUGCGAUAUUCUAUCGAUAACGGAAGAUGGUAUUGUUCAUAUCCGUAAUUUAAAAUUAUCAACAAAAACUCAACUGAUCCAGUAUAAGUACAAUAUAUCGUAUGCAGCUAAACUGACUGGAUCAGAAAUUAAAUUAAAUUUCUUCGAAGACGAAGGACAACAUUUGGGGAGUAUUAAAACAAAAACAUUACAACCAAAUGAUAAUCCGAUAUUGAUCAAUCCAAUAACGUAUGAAUGUGCAGCAGUUGAUCAUCUCUAUGCCAUAGGACCAUUAGUCGGAGAUAAUCUAGUAAGAUUUUUGCAAGGAGGAGCAUGUGCUGUUGCUGCUAGUCUAUUAAAAGCACUCAAAUCAUCUAAUAGAAAAACUUCAACUACAAUAACAACGACAUUAUCAAGACAUUUAUGGUUAUCUUUAGUUAUUAGUCAAAAUCGUGCAAAUAUAUUACUAAACUCUUUAUUAAAGAAAAUCCGUGAACUUCUUAGACAUUCAACAUUAUCCAUUGAUCAUCGAACAGAAAAUAUUAUUGUUGCAUUAGCUAUUCUAGUUGUUGAGGCAAACGAUGGAUUAAAACUAAAACAAGAUGUCAUUAAAGUUCUAUUAGAGUUCUAUCAAAAAUUACCAACAGCCAGAUAUUAUGAAAUACCACCAUCAACUUAUAAGCACGUCUUACCACCUGCUGAAACGUUUAGUUUUUGUAUUCAUACAGCACUGACAGAAUUAGCUUCAAUAACAGAUGAUAUAAAAUUAAAGGAUAAAAUUCUUUCUACAAUUACAGAUGUUAUAAAACAAAUUGUUCAACGUAUUGUCGAUUCUGCUAACGGUCAACUACCAACAACAAAAGAGAGACAGAAAUCUAUUUAUCGUUAUGAAAUACCAUUUUUAUUUGGAGCAUUGCGUUCAAUUGGACGAAUAUCGGCCACUGAUCAUACGUUACUAUCUCAAUUAUAUCCCAUCAAUCUUUUACCUCCUACACAAUCAAUUUAUAUCGAACAACUAUCCACGUCCCCAUUAAUAUCAAAUUCAACAAAUAAUAAUGAUACAACAAAACAGAAACAAUUCAAAAUUUCAACAAUUGCAUUUCGUCCAAUUAUUCCAAAAGCAUUAUCUAAAAAUGUCUUAUCAUCGAUGGAAAAUCAACAAUCAUCAUCGACUACAAAUAUUGAACAAGAUUAUUUAUCAUCCACAACGAUAACAGCUUAUAAUCAUUUAGCAUCAACUUAUCGAUCAUUAUCUUCUGUGGAAAGUACUGAUGUUGUACUUGAAGAAGGUUUACCACCAUCAUCUAUCUAUUUUUCUGUAACUGGUUCAACAUAUCGUCGGAGCCAAAAAUAUAAUUUACCAUCAUCACCUUCACGAUUUCAAGAGUUGAGAGAUUGCAGAUUUCGUGCUUGUGUUUCUGUACAAGUAUUAGAAAAUUUCCUUGCCAUAUUGAAAAUGAUUGAUGUUAAUGUUGUUCGAUAUUUGGAUACGGUAGCAAAAGAAGUUCAUUCAUCUAUGCCAUCUGUUAAAUAUUUUCCUUAUGAAUUCUUCGGAGAUGUCUUAAUUUUAUGUAUAAUAAAAUUCUUUCGAGAUAAUCUUGAAUUAUUAGAUAACACCAACGAACGUUUGACAUCUGUUUCAAAGACUACAUAUUUGUUUGUUCAACAAUUGAUUAUUUUUAAAUUGUUAGAUCUAGAAAAUGAUGAGUAUGAAAAAUUACCAAAUCGUUAUCAUACGAGAGUCGAUGCGGAUGCUGCUGCACUCGAAUUGCUUUGUUUAUCAUGCGAUGAUGAAGCAGAAGCUGAAAAAUUAUGCAGUAAAUGUUCGGAGAAAUUUAGUCAAGAAGGUUUAACAAUCAAAUUGUUAACAGCACAAAUGCCAUUGUUGGUUACAUCGUUAGAGGUUCUAAGUCGUUUAGCUGAAAAAUACAAAUCAUUGGCUACUUAUAGUAUACAUGUACUAUGUGAUUUUCUAACUGAACCAUCACCACUAUUAUAUAAAUUAUAUCGUCGUACAAGUGAUAAAAUUGAUGCAAAAGAAAGAGGAUUUUUGCUGAGUGAAUUAACUAAAACAUCAAAAGAAUAUCGGGCAUAUCAAAUAUUCGAAAAAUUACGAGAUGCAGCUAUUGAAGGUUUAUGCAAAUCAUUAUGUAUUCGAUUAGAAUCAGAUCCUAAAUGUGUUGAAGCUUUACUCGUGGCAUUAUCAGCUAGACUCGCAUCUGGACAUGUCAAUGAUAAUUCAAAUUGGAUGUUUAAUAUUAUAUUACUUGAUGCUGCAGCGUUAAAACGUCGCGCAUCAAUUCGUCACGGAUUAGACAAAGAUAAAUAUGAAACGUUAUUUGUGGAAGUGGAAGGACAAACAUCAUUAGUAUCUCAUAAUACAAUUUUAACACUUGGUCAUAUGUCAAUAGCAUUGAAAGAUGUUCAACAUACUCAACAAUCAAUACUGGCACGUUUCCAGCAACGAUUAGGAGAUCCACCUUCACCACUUGAUAUACUGAUCAUUAAUCAAAUUGGAUGUAUGCUGAUAUCAAAUCUGCCUCAAGCUACUUACGAAGAAAUUAUUGGACUUUUUACUGAAAUUAUUAUUGAAUCAACUUAUCAGUCGUACUCGACAACACAAGAUCAUACAGCACAAAUUGUUUUAGUACCAACAAAACCUCAUCAUCCAACUAAAUAUAAACAUGCAUCGAAUGCUGUCAUAAAUGCUUUAGCGAAUGUCGCUGCAAAUAUUCAAGGCUUAUUAGAAUUAACAAAUUUAUUAACAAGUAUACUCGAAUUAUUUAUUCAACUAGGAUUAAAGGCAAAAGAAGCUAGUGAAAAAUCGACAAAAAACGCGUUAAAGGCUUCUAAUACGGCUGGUAGCCUUGGCGUACUUAUUCCAGUAAUCGCUAUUGUUAUGCGUCGUAUGCCAGUGAUAACAGAUCCUAGCGAACGUUUAUUUCGUUUAUUUCAACAUUUUUGGUUUUAUUGUGUAUUGUUUGCUUUCGCUGAUUUAGACAGAGGUUUAUGGCCAUCUGAAUGGCAUGAUUGUGUAUGUUUAAUAGCAACAAAAUCACCGGUACUAGUCGGGCCAAAUGCGCCAAAUAUCUCGUUAAAAAGUACAAUGCCAUUAAAAAGUGAUCAAAUUGCGAAGGAAGAUAAUUAUGAAUUAAAGUCAAAAUUAAAUAAUAUAUUCUCAUCAUAUUCAGCAGCCAAAUCCUAUACUGAUCGUUUUGGUUUUGAACAAAGUUCAUAUAUUUUAUCUGUUUAUUUCUUAGAAACACUUAGAGUUCGUCAUUCAACUGAUCCAACGGCAUUCCAAUGUAUAUUUGCAUAUUUAGAAGAUCCCUAUUUGUUAAAAGAUAAAUACGGUCUCUGGACAUUGAUAACAGCUGUUGGAAGAAAAACAUUUGAAAUUUAUGUGGAUGAAAUGAAGAAAAUGCCAAAAAGUCCGGAACGUAAUAAAAAUCUCGAAAUACAAUGUCAGUUCUUAAUGGUUAAACGUACACAUGUACGACAAGUUGUCCGAGAUGAAGCUAAAAUAUAUUUACAUACUUUAUUGUCAAAAAAUUCAUUUCCACAUUUGUUCUGUAGUCCAGUUGUUGUUGAAACAUUGAUGAAUGUUAUCAACAUUUUGUCUUAUUCAUUGAACGAGGAUGAUUUACAUAAAGUAACAGCUCAUCAUAUCGUACCGGAUACAGUCUACAACAUACAAUUUGUUGAUACUGGUGAAAAACGACAGGAAUUAUUUAAUGAUUUCUCUGGAUUUGGACGUAUGUUUACUGAGCAAGCGCUGGCUCUAUCUCCAACGUUAUUAAAAUCUUGUGUACAACAAUAUAUGUUGAAAUUAAGUGGUACAAGAAAAAAUUCAUCAGCAUCUCGACAACAUAAAGGUUUACAUGUUAUGUGGGAAUAUUUGAGUACAUAUUCAAAAACUGUUGACGGAGCAUCAACAACUAGUCAAAAAGUAACAUAUCGAGCAGAUUUUGCCGAUUAUAUGGUAUCUGUUGGUGAAAGAAGUGCUGCCGUUGGCUUUGUCGACGGUCUUAAUCGAAUGGAAUAUCGUGCUGCAUUGAAACAAGUAAAAGAUCAAAUAGAAAAUGCCUUACAUAAACGGAUAGCAUCUUUAAACAAAUAUAAAUCAUUACAACAACGAAAACGGCGAAUGUCUAUUGUUGCACCGAUCAGUGAUAAAAGCAUAGCACUAGAUUUUGAAGAAAGAAUAGCAAUAUGUAAAAUAGAGGAUAUAUUUAAAAUAAAUAUUAAUUUUUUUGAAUAUUCUUAUCAUUUUUUUUUAGUUGAUAGUGAUUUUCGAAAUGGUCUGUUUAAAUUAACAGCAAUGCUAAUUAAUAAUAAUGAUGAUAACGAUGAUAAUCCUGAAUAUGAACUUCGAUUUAGUCCAACAAGUGGUUACAUGAAUUCAAGUAUUUUCAAAAAAGAAAAUGUACUUGAUCGCGAUAUGGUUCAUAUUCUAACAUGGUUACCAAUUAAAAUGUUUACAACACCUGUUAUGGAAGCGGCUGUUGACUGUUGGUGUUGGGCUAUUGUUGGACGACCCGAAUUAGAAUUAUUGAUUGUUGAAGAAAUUUAUAAAGUAUGGGAAAAAGUGAUUAGUGAUCGUUACGGUUUAUAUUCUAUUGAUAAAAAUGAACCUUCACCAUUGGCACCAUCGGAAAAAGAUGAAUUAAAGCCAAAUUCACCCAUGGUUAAUCCACAUCGAAUAUUUCUCAAGUUUAUUGAAGAACGUAUUUAUCUAUGUAUGCAUAAAACCGACUUAGAAAUGGAAAUGUUAGUUGAUCUACUACAUAAAUCAUUAUCAUUAAUAUUAGAAAAUAGAAAAUCUCAAAUGACAAAACAUGUUGGAGCAGGUGGAUUAAGAUUUCGAUUUCUCUAUUUGGCAUUGUGUCUAGUUCAAAGUGAUUAUUUACCAAAUGCUAUUAGUAAAUAUUUGUUACGAGAAAAAAUCUAUCACACAGCAUUUGAUUAUUUUACUGUACGACAUCAUUGUCCAACACAAAAUCACAAUGAAUUACGCGAUGAUAUUCGAACAUUAAUUAAAUUCUUUUCACUUGUACAUGGUGAAAAGAAAUUUUGUAAUGAAACACCACUAACACUUGAACUUGGUAAUUCAAUGCCAAGUGGUUUAAAUAAUAAUAAUGGUAGUGGAGUAAUAGACAGUGCAAGGACAGUUCCAGCUGGAUGGAUAAACACAUUAGCCGGACCAACGGUAUCACUUAGUGGUGGUGGACAUUCAACACUCAGUCGAAAAUCUGCCGCAUCUGGUAAACAAACAGAACGUAGUAAUGAUGUUCGAGCUCUAUCGAAAGAUUUACUUAAAAAGAGAAAUCUUCUUUUAACAUUACUGGCAUAUGAAAUAGAACGUCUAGAAACAUUUCAUAAUCCACUAGGACGAACAGAACUACAGUUUGAACCAGAGAUAUUAUCAACGUACACAAAUUGGAAAUUAUAUGAUAUGAAUGGUUUUACCACUAAAGCGUGGCAAGAUUAUGCACGUUUGGCAUGGUUAAUAUCUCCUGAUCUAGCAAUUACUAUGUAUUAUAGUUUACCAAAAGAAUCAUUACGACAAGAAAUAAUGCGUUUAGUCAAAACUUAUCCAGUACAAGUUCGUCACAUUCCAGAAGCUUUACAUAUAUUUACAUUGACAUCUGAUAAUGAUAAAUUGUGUGAGACUGCUCAUAUUUUAACAUGGGCUCAAAUAAGUCCUGUGGCUGCAUUGUCUUACUUUGCUAGUGUAAGAUUAAAUCAAGUAGCUAAUUCAUACACAAUACAAUAUGCAUCACGAAUGCUUUAUGUUACAAAAUCGGAAGCACUUAUUCUAUAUAUUCCACAACUUGUUCAAGCUGUUCGCUAUGAUGAAAUGGGUUUUGUUCGUCGUCUUAUAUUAGCUUUAUCUAAAAAGUCAAAUUUAUUGGCUCAUCAAUUAAUAUGGAAUAUUCGUACAAAUACAUUUAAAAAUGAAGAUACACCAGAUGAAAUGAUGAAAGCAAAAUUAGAACCAAUAGCAAAACAAAUUGAACUCGAUUUUACAUCAGAUGCAAGACGAUUUUACGAACGUGUAUUUGAUUUUUCAAAUAAAUUAACAAAAGUGUCAGAUAUUAUCAAAGAUUUUCCUAAAGGCAAUUCACGAAAAGAUGUUUGUAUUCGAGAGUUGAAAAAGAUAGGUACAGAAGCUCCAGAAGGCGUUUAUCUUCCAUCAAAUCCCGAAGCAAUAAUCAUAUCAUUAUUACCAGAGAGUGGUGCACCUAUGCAAAGUGCUGCUAAAGCUCCAUAUCGAGCGACAUUUCGUGUUCAAACUGUUGGUAUUGAACAAGUUGAACAUUGUGCUGAUGAAGAUUAUGAAUUAAUGCAAGAUUUUGCUAAUCAAUAUUCACAAAUGGCUAUAUUUAAAGUUGGAGAUGAUGUUCGACAAGAUAUAUUAGCAUUGCAACUAAUGCGUUUAUUUCAAAAUAUAUUUGAACAAGAAGGUCUUGAAUUAUUUUUGUAUACUUACAGGGUUAUUGCAACAAGUCCAGGAAUGGGCGUUAUUGAAUGUGUACCAAAUGCUCGUUCACGUGAAGAUAUAGGACGAAAUACAGAAGUUGGUUUAUACGAAUAUUAUCGACAUGUUUACGGCAAGGCAGAUUCAACAAAAUUUCAGAAAGCUCGACGAAAUUUUGUUAUGUCUAUGGCUGGUUAUUCUAUAGCUUUAUUCAUGUUACAAAUAAAAGAUCGACACAAUGGAAAUAUAAUGGUCGAUGAUGAUGGACAUAUUAUUCAUAUUGAUUUUGGUUUUAUGUUUGAAUCUUCACCCGGUGGAAAUAUGAGAUUUGAACCAGAUAUCAAAUUGACAGCUGAAAUGAUUUUAAUCAUGGGCGAUUUGACGGCACCUGCAUUUCAAUGGUUCAAAGAGUUAUGUAUCAAAGGAUAUUUAGCAUUAAGACCGUAUCGUCAUCAUUUCCAAACAUUAGUAGCUCUUAUGCUAGAUACUGGUUUACCUUGUUUUCGUGGUCAUACAUUAGAACAAUUGAAUGCCAGAUUUAAACCGGAUGCAAGUGAAGCAGAUGCUGGUCGUUAUAUGCAUGAUGUUAUUAAUCGUUGUGCUCAUAGUUUAAGAACAAGACUCUAUGAUAUUAUACAAUGGUAUCAAAAUCAAAUACCUUAUUGA